CGUCCCAGCAUCCUUUGCGUGUCCAAUAUGGAAGAACUGGCGGUGGAGGUCCGUGGCUCUAACGGCGCUUAUUACAAGGGUCUUGUCAAAGAUAUCCACGAUGACUCUCUCACCAUUGCCUUUGAAAACAAUUGGCAGCCAGAACGCCAGGUGCCCUUUGUUGAUGUCAGAUUGCCGCCACCUGCUGAUGUCAAGAAGGAAAUCGGGGAGGGUGAGGAGGUGGAGAUCUUCUCCAGAGCCAAUGAGCAGGAGCCUUGUGGUUGGUGGUUAGCUAAAGUCCGCAUGAUGAAGGGAGAUUUCUACGUGAUUGAGUACGCGGCCUGUGAUGCCACCUACAACGAGAUAGUUACCUUUGAGCGUCUGCGUCCGGUCAACACCAACAAGGCCGUCACUAAGAACUCUUUUCACAAGUGCGCUGUUCCUAUUCCUCAGGAUUUACAAGAAGUGUGCCAGAGUGAGAAUGCGCACAAAGACUUCAAGAAAGCCGUGGGAGCUUGUCGAAUUUCAUUCUGCCCUGAGACCAGUCAGCUCCUGAUCGUGUCCACCAAUGAGACAACAGUGAAGCGCGUGUCUUUGCUGAGUGAUAUGCACCUGAGGAGCCUCAGAACCAAGCUGCUUCUAAUAUCACGCAACCAGGAGGCCACAAAACACCUGGAGACCUCUAGGCAGCUGGUAUCAUCCUUCCAGGAGGAAUUCACAGUGAGACUGGAUCUGAUGGGUCUGGCCAUCGGCAGCCACGGUAGCAACAUCCAGCAGGCACGGAAAGUUCCUGGUGUCACUGCCAUCGAGUUGGAUGAGGAGACGGGCACAUUCAGGAUUUAUGGGGAGACGGCUGAGGCUGUAAAGAAGGCCCGGAACUUUUUGGAGUUUCUGGAGGAUUCUGUCCAGGUGCCCAGGAACCUUGUUGGCAAAGUGAUCGGUAAGAAUGGAAAAGUCAUCCAGGAGAUUGUGGAUAAGUCCGGUGUGGUAAGGGUCAGGAUUGAAGGAGACAAUGACAACAAGCAGCCCAGACAAGAAACACAGGGAAUGGUCCCUUUCACCUUUGUUGGUACUAAGGAGAGUAUUAGCAACGUUCAGGUCUUAUUGGAGUACCAUAUCUCUUACCUGAAUGUAAGGCUUCAAAAUGAAGUUGAGCAGCUUCGUCUGGAGCGGAUGCAUAUUGAUGACCAGUUGCGUCAGAUCACCCAGGGUCACCGGCCGGACAGGGAGAGAGGAGAGAGGGGGGAUAGAGGAGGGGGACAAAAUACAGACAACAGUGCUAAUUCCUCCUCAACCUCCGUACAUGGCAGCCGCUCCUACAACAGUCGAGGUCGUGGGCGCAGAGGCCAUGGUUACAGUACUGGAUAUGGCACCAACUCGGAGCAUUCAAAUGCUUCUGAAACUGAUUCUGAACGGCGUGAUGAGCUCAGUGAUUGGUCCCUGGCUGGAGAGGAUCAGGACAGGGAGAGGGAGAGAGGUUCUCGACCACAAAGAGAUGGCCGCAGGAGACCAGGACCUGGCAGAGGUAGAGGAGGGCCUGGAGGGAGGGGCAGAGGAGGAAGAGGAGGAUACAGCAACUAUUCUGGCCCCCGGGAUCAUGAUGACAACAACCCCUACGGAGCCUUGGAGACAAACACGGAGACAGACCAGACAGCUGAUACGGAUGCUAGUGAGUCCGUCUUGCCUGCAAACCGCCGUCGAAGGUCUCGACGACGCCGGACGGAUGAGGACACAACGCUGAUGGACGGGAUGAGUGAAUCUGACAAUGCUUCAAUGAGUGAAAAUGGAAUAGACGACUCAGAAGCUAAACCUCAACGUCGCAAUCGUAGCCGCCGUCGCCGCAUCCGCCUGCCUGAAGAAAGGCAGCCAGUGACUGUGGCGGACUACAUAUCCAGGGCUGAAUCUCAGAGCAGACAGAUGGCCGCCAAGGCCACUAAGAAGAGCAAGGAUGUGAGCCAGGUGGACGUUAUUACCGAGCACAGCCCUCAGUCUGUCCCAGCGUCUACCAACGGUUCUAACAACGGCGUUUCCGACAGCGUAGACGACAAACCCACAGAAACCCCCGGGUCUCCCGCUGAGAGACCUGCCAAUGUCUCCUACGAGGAGGACUCAGACCCGAAACCUGCUGUCAAUGGACUCUCCUAGUCAGACACAAGCAAAGGAAAUGGUUUCAAAUAUUUGAACUUUUUUGGCUGCGUUUGUUAAAAAUCUCCAUUUCUGUGGAGCAGCCUCGUAAGUUGAUCUUGACUUUUAAACACAAGCACUCUUCUUUUUGUACUUAAAUAUUUGAAACCUACUCUGCUGCACAACAUGUAGAGUUCUGAAACCUUAACCUCCCCUUUACAUGUUUACCUGUACAACUAUUCAUUUUACUACAGUUCUUUUUCUUUUUACAAUAGUUCUUCCUGUAUGAGCUUGCCAAAGAUAGUCAAACACUUACAGACAUGUACGUAAACUGUACUUUUCAAUCCACUCUUCACCAAGACGUCGGGGAGAGGCUGGACUAAAUACAGUAUUUUAAAAAUGCAGACAGGGAUUCCACUCAAACCCAUACUGUGAUAUGAAUGCAGCAGUUCUUUUUUAUUAGUCAAUAUAGUAUAUCUCAGCAAAGUUGUAAAACAACAUUUGGCCUUCAUCAGGAUGACUUCCAAGUUGCUUACACAAUUUUUUUUUUUUUUUUUUUAGGAUUUUUUGUGCAUUUUAAAUAUUUUGUAAAUUAAAUGUUCUGCAUGAGUGGCACCACAGUGCAGAAAGGUUUGCUGGAAACCCAAGUAUAAUUGACAUACAAGUGAUCAGCUGUUGUGCCUUGAGAGUAGAUUCAACAUGUUGCUGCCUGGGCUCUGCACACCACCUGAAAUAACUUCACCUUUCUUUGUAACCGGUUUGCCCUCACCUGCCACAGUUAAAGUAGAUAAAGUGUUAUAAGGCUCUCUUUUAGAGCUCUAGGCAGGUGAAGGCAAAUGGCCCAAAUGCCCUAAAAGUAUUUCAGAGCCAUUUUUUCAAAUCAGGUGUGUCUGCUCUUAAUGUUAUUGGGUGGGGAAUCACAUUGUCCUUUAUAUAUACAUAUAUCUGUUGAGGAGUUUGACUUUAGCUGCUUCUUGUUUUUCAAUAUGCAACCACUUUGGUCAUAGAGGAAAUGUUAUUAUAGCGUAUCUGGAAAGGAAAUAAGAUUUGUUUUGUUUGCACUGAAGCAUAACCGUUUGUCUGUUGAAGCUGAUCGUAGUUGAGUCUGAAUACUGGCCCGUUACUGUUUAGUGCUGGACAGAGAUGUAGCCAUCCGUGCUAGGGUUUCCUGGAAACAUCUCAGUUACUAAACUUUGGACAGUUUCGUCUUGUAUAGCAAAGGAUCAUGGGGGCUUUUUCUUUUUCACCAGAAGUCCAAUCGAAAUGAACUUUAAUUUAGAAUACGUUUGAUCUGGUUUUUAGGUUAUGCCCACUUUUACAUGUCCUCAGUUGUAAAAAUCCUGGAGAAAACAGGAUUUCUGCUGCUGAAAUGUUUCCAGAAAACCCCGUUGCGGUGACGAUGAUGUCAUUUUCAUGGUUCUUCCACACUGGCUGGCUGGAAACUGGUCACGACUGUUCCUUUAAGGAAGGAAAUUUAUUUGGAUUAUUUAUUUUUAAAAAAGUGUACAGUAUUUAAAAGAAAAAAAACACCUUUUUUUGUGUUCACACUAUAACGUGAUAUCCAGAAGUUCUCUUAAGACAAUUGACAAGUUGGACUACUGAGAGUUCUGACAUCCCAAGUGUUUUUGUUGGGUUAACUACAGUGUAAGUUUAUUUUAUUUUUUUAAGGAUUGUCUGGUUGGUUGAUGUGCAAUAUGUUUUGUAUGCAGGUAGUUUUAAAUAAACUUGAUCUUCUACAUAGAUCUAAAGCCCA